CAUGGUUCUUCAGUUCAAACUCAGACAGAACGCGCGCAAGGUGUCGACAAAAGUGGUUCUUUAGAACGAUAUGGCGGAAAUGGCAAAUGAACUUCUGUUGUAUGCUGCGGAGAACGGAUCGCUUGAAGGUGUUAAAACAGCUUUGAAAGCAGGUGCGGACAUUGACUGUGACCAGCCGGCCGACAGCGAUAUAAUAAGGAGUGGCACACCAUUGUACCAUGCCUCUUUCAAUGGACAUGUAGACAUCGUGAAAUUGCUGCUCCGCAAGGAGGCGUCUGUGGCGAAGAGAACCAGGUUCUCGUUUGCGACCCUCCAUGCAGCAGCGAACGGAGGACGGACAGAAGUGGUGGACUUGCUGGUGCAGCAUGGUGCAACGUUAGACAUACGGGACGCCUGGCAGUAUACACCGCUGAUGUGCGCCUCUAUGUACAAACACGUCGGCACAGUUCGGCGGCUGAUAGAGCACGGGGCAAGGGCUGAUCUGACUGACGGCCCCGGUCGUUCUCUGGUAGCCCAGAGGUACUGCGAGUUGGGGAUGGAAAUUGGAAGACAUGGAAGUGAAGAGUGUUUGAAGCUGUUAGAAGAUGCGAGGAAGUCCAAGCUGUUGAGAUGCUGCAACCCCAAGUGCGGCAAGCCAGGCUACAGGUUAAUAGAUUUACGGUUUUAAAGUGCAUUUUCGCGCUUUAACGUUACCUCCAGAAUUCAUCCUGCGAUUGCGAUGCUAUUUGGUACAUGGGUUGAUGUUGCUAUCCUGGCGGUCAGGUUUCGUUCUGGGCUCCCUGGUGGUUGAAGUUGAUGGUUUUGGCUCUGGGCAUAAUGUUCAGUCACUAUUUUGUGUGAUAGGUUGCUUAACGUGUAAAGAAGAAUUGAUGUAGGUUUGGGCCCUAGCAGCUUGCUCAGGAACUGCAGGGGUAUUUUUGUUAAAAUCUUUCAAGGCGAGUAAGUGAACAAAGGAUUUUUUUUCGGAUUUUUAUGUUAUUUGGAAUGCAGGUGGCUUAAAUGGAUAUUUACACGAAUUAGAUGUACAUUAUGUAAA